GAUAAACGACAACGCAAAUCCGACACAGUGCACCUAUUCCACAUUCAUAUAAAAUGCCACCUAUAUGUCUGGGUUCUUGAUCUCUUCCGCCUCUCAUCAUCACUCUCUCUCUCUCUGAAUCAGCCAGUUUCUAGAGUUGCUUAAACGAUGUCGGACGAGGAGCACCAUUUCGAGUCUAAGGCUGAUGCCGGAGCCUCCAAAACCUACCCUCAGCAAGCCGGUACUAUCCGCAAGAACGGCUACAUCGUUAUUAAGAAUCGUCCUUGCAAGGUUGUGGAAGUUUCCACCUCCAAGACCGGCAAGCAUGGUCAUGCUAAGUGUCACUUUGUCGGAAUUGAUAUCUUCAAUGGAAAGAAGCUUGAAGAUAUUGUGCCCUCUUCUCACAAUUGUGAUGUUCCCCAUGUCAAUCGUAUUGACUACCAGCUGAUUGAUAUUUCUGAGGAUGGAUUUGUGAGUUUGCUUACUGAAAAUGGGAACACUAAGGACGAUCUUAGGCUUCCAACUGAUGAGAAUCUGCUGAGCCAGAUCAAGGACGGAUUUGAAUCAGGAAAGGAUUUGGUUGUGAGCGUGAUGUCUGCAAUGGGUGAGGAGCAGAUCUGUGCCCUCAAGGACAUUGGCCCUAAGAAUUAGUUUUUACUAUCUCUGUCAUUGUUAUGUCUGGUCUUUAAUCUUUUCUUUAAAAAAAAAAAAAAAAAAAAAAAAGAGAAGAAAAAAAUUCUGAUCAUGUGGAUUUUGCAUUUUAUAUUUGAAAUGUUGUGUUUUCUGUUGGGAAAACCAUAGCCCGCCGGGAAUUUGUGAUGGGUGGGUAAUUGGUUGCACCUUUCCUUAAAAAAUUAUGAUGUUUUAAUUUGUGUAAUGAAUUAAAAUAUUAGAUGCUGCCGGGAGAUUAUUUUUCUA